CUCCUCCUCCUCCUCCUCAGCCCUUCCGGCCGCCGCCAUUGUUACGCUGCAACUCUCUCUCGCUCUUCCCUUCCCACCGCAUUCUCAAAAAGAUGCACGAGUCGCUCGGAGAACCGCUCCCCGACGAAACCGAGCCCAAUCCGGCCGCUCCUCCGAAGAGCUCCACCGCCGGCGCCGACAAGAAAUCCCCGCCCGAACCCGUACCGGUCGCCGGUGUCGGAGGCGAAGGCGUGCCGUCGGCCUCACCUGAGAAUGCGGGCUCUCUCGCUCCUCUCCCGGAUCCUGCUCCGGCCGUCGCGACGUCAGCGGCGACGGCGGCCUCUCCGGGGCCUCGAGAUACUGAAGCCGCUUUGAAGUCGCGGACCGAGUCUGGAGAGAUCGAGACGCCCGAGCAGAAUCGGGAUUCUUCGGAUUCUGCGAAAGACGGAGAUGCGGAGGCGAUGGAGAAAUCAUCAGGGGUGGUUGAAGAGGAAGAGGAAGGGUCUCCGGAGAAACCGAGUAGGAAGGCGAGUUUCGGCCACGACAUCUCGGACAACGUGAAGGCCACGAUCAGGCCGUGCCCCAGCCUGAGCGCCAACCUCAACAACUACGACUCCGUAGUGGAGGAUGCCUCGCAGCGCGCCGGCGGCAGCCCGGUGAUGGAGGAAGCGUGGGAGAGGCUCAACAAGUCGUACAUCUUCUACAAGGGCAAGCCCGUGGGAACUCUCGCCGCUAUGGAUCCGAACGCCGACAUGCUGAACUAUAAUCAGGUCUUUGUUAGAGAUUUUGUCCCUAGUGGAUUGGCUUGCCUGAUGAAAAAAGAGAUGGAACCAGAAAUUGUGAAGAACUUCCUGUUAAAGACCCUUCAUCUCCAAGGCUGGGAAAAGAGAAUCGAUAACUUCACUCUUGGAGAAGGAGUUAUGCCUGCGAGCUUCAAAGUCGGUUUUGACUUGCAAGACAAAAAGGAGAGACUAGUCGCAGAUUUUGGCGGUAGCGCGAUAGGAAGAGUUGCGCCUGUUGAUUCAGGGUUCUGGUGGAUCAUACUGCUGAGGUCAUAUACAAAGUGCACGCAUGAUUAUUCCCUUGCGGACCUGCCAGUUGUGCAGAAAGGAAUGAAGCUGAUACUUAACCUUUGCCUAUCUGAUGGAUUUGACACUUUCCCAACACUACUUUGCGCAGAUGGUUGUAGCAUGAUUGACAGAAGAAUGGGUGUCUAUGGCUAUCCAAUUGAAAUCCAGGCUCUCUUCUAUUUUGCGCUAAGGUGUGCACAGCAGUUGCUGAAACCCGAGCGUGAUGGCAAGGAACUUAUUGAGCGAAUUGACAAACGGAUAAUGGCUCUUAGUUUUCACUUUAGGAAGUACUACUGGAUGGAUCAUACCCAGUUGAAUAUCAUCUAUCGUUACAAAACGGAGGAGUAUUCUGAUACUGCUGUCAAUAAGUUCAAUGUGAUACCGGAAUCGAUUCCUGACUGGGUGUUUGAUUUUAUGCCACUUCGGGGAGGAUAUUUCAUCGGAAAUGUUAGCCCAGCCCGAAUGGACUUCAGGUGGUUCUUAGUUGGGAACUGCAUUGCCAUUUUGAGUUCUCUGGCUACACCAGCCCAAGCAACAGCAAUCAUGGAACUAAUUGAGGACCGGUGGGAGGACUUGAUAGGGGAGAUGCCUUUGAAGAUCACUUACCCUGCGCUCGAGGGACAUGAAUGGAAAAUAGUUACUGGAUGUGAUCCAAAGAACACAAGAUGGAGCUACCAUAAUGGCGGAUCUUGGCCAGUGCUACUAUGGCUGCUGACUGCAGCUUGUAUCAAGACCGGUAGGCCUCAGACUGCAAAGCGAGCGAUUGAGUUGGUCGAGAAGCGCCUCGCGAAAGAUGGUUGGCCUGAAUAUUAUGACGGAAGGUCAGGGCGAUACAUUGGGAAGCAAGCUAGGAAGUACCAGACAUGGAGCAUUUCUGGCUACCUGAUCGCAAAGCUGAUGAUUGAGAAUCCGGCCAACAUAUCCAUCAUCUCUUUUGAAGAAGACAAGAAGAUAUCCAAGCCAAGGCUCACUCGCUCCACCUCAUUCUAAAUCGAUGCAGUUGUUAUUUUGUUUCCCCUUCUUAGAGGAAAGGGAUGUAAAUGCCGUAUACACAAAUUAGGAAAAAUUGUCCAGUAUAUCUGGUGCGUUGGGCUAACGCCAUCAAAGGCUUCAACCCUUUAGGAAGAUGACACUGCAUAGGUACAUAUAGAACACUAGAGAAUUUGAACUUUCUUGAAGGUUUCUUUGUUCACGAUACUUCCAAUUUUACUAGAACAAGAAAACUUGUAGUUUGACUGGGUUAGACUCUUAACACGUUGAUACAGAACCCAUUUCUCAAAAUUAUAAGAAAUUGAUGUCUUUGAUUUCGAAAUUUGAGGACCCAAUUCA